AUGACUGCUUGCAAUGUCACCCAGGGCCAUCCUACUUUCUUCAUUCUCCAAGGCAUUCCUGGAAUGGAGGACAAACACAAAUGGAUCUCCAUCCCCUUCUCAUCCUUGUACUUCCUGACUGUUCUUGGAAACAGCACCAUCCUCUUCAUCAUCUCCACAGAGCGUUCCUUGCACAAGCCCAUGUUCCUGCUCCUCUGCAUGUUGGCCCUCACCGACCUGGGCAUGUCCACCACCACCGUCCCUAAAGUGCUGUGCAUCUUCUGGUUUGGCCAGAGUGAGAUAAGCUAUGUGGGUUGUCUGGUUCAACUGUUUUUCAUCCACUCCAUCUCUGUCAUGCAGUCUGCUGUCCUGAUGACUAUGGCCUUUGACCGCUACGUGGCUAUUUGUGAACCCCUACGCUACGCCACUAUCCUUUCCAACAGUCGCAUUGGGCUUAUUGGCCUGGUGAGUUUGGUGAGAGCUGUUCUCUUCAUUCUCCCCAUGCCAAUCCUACUCCAGGGAAUGACUUUUCAUGCCCAUCGUGUCAUACCCACCACCUACUGUGAGCACAUGGCUGUGGUGAAGAUGGUGUGUGUGGACACCACAGUCAACCGAAUGUAUGGUCUGGCCGUGGCCAUGUUGGUGGUUGGGCUGGACCUCUCUGCUAUUGGCUCAUCUUAUGUGCUAAUCAUCCAGGCUAUCAUGCGACUCUCUUCUAAAGAAGCCCACCACAAAGCAGUCAAUACCUGCACCACACACAUAUGUGUCAUGCUUAUCUCUUACACACCCUCACUUUUCUCUUUUCUAACUCACCGCUUUGGCCGAGGAAUUCCACCCCAUGUCCACACCAUUCUUGGCAACCUCUACUUCCUCAUCCCACCAAUGCUCAAUCCUAUCGUUUAUGGAGUAAAAACCAAGGAGUUUCGAGAAAAAAUAACCAAAUAUAGGUGGCGAAGGAAGGACCCAUAA